AUGACGGGGAUGAGGGCCGUGGACGUCCGAAUCCCAAGUACGGAGGGAAAGUACUGCGUGGGGGAGCGAAGGCGCUACAAGAUCUGUAAGCACCCCUUGCCCCCCCAACCAGCCCUCCUUCAGACUCAUCCAGUGCAGUCACUUAACACCAUGCUUUACAAGGGCAAGUUCUACAAAUGGGUGCAGGUCAACAACAGAGUGAACCCUUGCGAGCUGCACUGCCGCCCUCUGAACGAGUACUUCUCAGAGAAGAUGCUGGACGCCGUCAUUGACGGGACCCAGUGCUACGAGGGCAGCUUGAGCCGAGACAUGUGUGUUAACGGCAUCUGCAAGAAUGUGGGGUGUGACUAUGAGAUUGACUCCAACGCGGUGGAGGAUCGCUGUGGGGUUUGCCAUGGCAACGGGUCUACUUGUGAGACUGUGAAGAAGACCUUUGAGGAGAGCGAAGGGCUUGGGUAUGUGGACAUUGGGCUGAUUCCAGAGGGGGCUCGGGACAUUCGUAUCGAGGAGGUGGCUGAGGCUGGGAAUUUCUUGGCUCUCCGGACUCGGCCCCUCCUCCCCCACUCCGUUGCCUAG